UUUAAUGUAACUUUAGGCUGACCGUUUUAAUGGAAUUCCUCAAAUUACACUUUUUUACUCCAGAGCAAUGUACAUUUUCUUAUGUUUUGACUGUAACAACGGUGCACGAAACUAAAGUUCUAUCAAGUAGUGGAGGUGUUCAUGAUGAAAGAUCUAAUGAAAAUAAAUCAUCCAAAUAUUCCCAUCUAUAUUAUGCUGUUAAUAGGGAUUCUACUAAGUCCAAAUCUCAGUUGUGUUAUGUUGGCCAAGAUGUUACAAGUAUUCCAGAAAUACUGGGUAAAAUGUAUGGAUCCAAAGUCAGGUCUUUAGAUCUGAGCUUCAAUAGUUUGACUACUUUAAAUCAUUCUGAACUAUUUUCUGAUUUAGAAGAGCUUGUUUUAGAUAACAAUAAUCUAGAUGAUACUAUUAAAUUACCUUAUUUACCACAUUUACAUAUACUCUCAAUGAAUAAUAAUAAAAUCACGAUUUUAGAAAAAUUGAUUACCGAGAUAAAAUAUAAUAUGCCUUCUUUAAGAUUUCUCAGUUUGAUUGGAAACAAAGCUUGCCCAACACAACUAAUAGAUUUUGAAAAAGAUGAAAACGAUUAUAAAAGAUAUAGGUAUUUUGUUUUACAUUAUUUACCAGAAUUGAGAUUUCUCGAUUCUAGACCAGUUACUAAUGAAGAAUUAGAUACUGCAUUAACUAAAGGCGAAUUCACAAAAAUCAUACGCCCACGUUUUGAAAACGAGCCACUUCGAUUUGAUUGGAAAUUAUCUCUUGGAUCCCAAUCUCAAGCAGAUACUUCAAAUAUUUUCUCCCCACUUUCUGUUUCACCAACCCAAGAAAUACAUCAUAAAGCUGCAUAUGGUCGACGUCGAUACCGUUAUGCUGGAAAACAUUCAGAAGGCAACCGUUUUAUUUUAAAUAGAGAUUUAUAAAGUUUGAUAACAACAUUUUAAUAAUAACUUAAAAAAUUAAAGAUAUAAUAAAUAUUGUUUUUUUUACACAUAU